UAUCAGAGAGUGCUAGACCAAAAACAGAGUGAAAGAGGUGUAGAUAAAUCAGUUUGCAGCUUGUGUGGAACUGAUGAUUUUUCUUCUCAUCUCACUACACUCACUUCACUUUGGAGAGGCAGUGGGAUGUGACAGUAAAUCACAGAGAAGUUUAUUCAAAGACUCUCCAGGAAGGACUCAAUGAAACAGAAUGUGAGCUGGAUGCCACACAAAUGACUGAAACGGGGGAACUAUGAGCCAUAAAGCGUAACCGCCUAUGUUUGGCCUCUCCAGAGCUGGACUGAAACCGGAAGGGCUGGUGGAGACAAUUUCAGCUGGAGAAGAAACCAUCAAACAUCUUCAAGAAACAGUCAGUACUUCUCUGGCAAGCCUCUUGUCUCUCUUAUGGAUUUCCACACAUCCUUUCUGGAACUGGAGCUCUGAGCCUUGAAUGAUCUUUGAUUUGCUGUUUGACCUUUGACCUCCUGUGACCUUUUAGGAAAACAGCAAUAAAACACGACUCCAGAUCAACAGAAUGUUCUGGAAGCUGGCAAUAACUGCCAUUUUGGUGUGGACCCUUUGCGUAUCCACGGAAACCAAGAAGCUACGCCCUCAAGGUUCCAUCCCUUCCCCUUACAAGCUAAAGGGCAAUGAUUUGUCAUCACCAUCCCUCUCGCUAGCAUCAUUGCGGCAGCACAAGUCCCCACGUCGACAGAAAGGUAAACAUGAUGUGCUGUCAUCGAGCCAAGAGGCCCUAGUGGUCACUGAGAGGAAGUAUCUGAAGAGCGACUGGUGCAAAACACAGCCGUUACGUCAAACGGUUAGCCUGGAGGGAUGUCUGAGCCGAACCGUGAUCAACCGUUUCUGCUACGGCCAGUGUAACUCAUUUUUCAUCCCACGCCACUUGAUGUCCCAAACCUUGUUGCAUCGAAGUCAAAAAACAGCACCUGUGCCAGACCACAACUCUUCAUUCCAAUCCUGUGCAUUUUGCCGGCCAAGCCGGAUAACCACGGUUACUGUACGGCUUCACUGCCCUGGGCUACAGCCGCCAUACCGACAACGGAAAGUGCAACGCAUCAAGCAAUGCAAAUGUGUGUCUGUUAAUGUCAAUACUGCGUAAUAAGGAAUACCUAUAGAUAAAAGCUGACACAAAUAUAUAGCUGGACAAUGCUUAUAAUGCGGGUGUUCCUUUUGACUGGGACAAAGAGUGAACUGAGGUUGUCCAGCAAGGGCAUCCAGUCAAUUUGUGUGCAAAAUGUGCCAAAGACAACAACUAAUCAAAAACUGGCCACCUUCAUCAAGUUCUGACUAAACCACAGUACUCUAGAGGGGAAUGGUAAAUUGCUGCUGAGCAGCGUUGCAAAUGAAACUGGAUUUUUCUUUUUUCUUCUUUUUUUUAUUGUUUUGUAAGAACAGCACGAGUGUUCAAUUACUUGUUUGAUGUAUCACAAAGUAUAAGACUGACACAGUAAAUAUAAAUUCUGUUCUAAACAAACUAAUGAUCUGAUAUGUCAAUGUGAGUUCAUGUUUGAGUUCUUGCUUAAGUUUAUGUUGGUCCUGAUCUUGAAUUUUUUUCUUUAUUAAUGGACCUUAAGCCAGGUGCACACUGUACGAUAUUUACGGUCCUUUACGAUUGUUGUUUGCCAGACUGUAUGAUAUGAUCCCAGUGAGAACUUUGUUACACAUCGUAGCCAAGAUUGUGGUCGCAAUCGUCUCAAAUGCAAGUGUUGACUGGGUGUCGUAUCUCAUCAUAGGAUCAGUCACAUUGCACAACUGCAACGCACAAUUUCUAACACUGCCAGAACUUUGUUUAAGGCUACGAUUAAUUACAAAGGAAAUAAAUCAGCCAUAAAUAAACAUGUCAAAUUAAGCAAGCGAAGACAGCAGAUUUUGCUCUGCAACUAAAUAAAUUUUUGUACGAUCCCCGAAAUUUGUCUCACCAAAAUCGUACAGUGCAAACCCAGCUUUAGUCAGGGUAUAUGCCAUUUUUUCUUUAUUGAAACAAGGCUGUAAGGGGAAGUUAUACAGUCCAUUCUAUGGGUUGUACAAAAUGUUCAAAGUUUUUUCCAGAGUUCUUUUGAGUACUGGAUUAUUUGGCAUUAAGUAUUUUAAUAUAUCGUCAGCUGAGUUAUCUUCACGAAGGCAUUGAACUGUAUAGAACAACCCUUUGAAAAGUAAUUCCUCACCACCUCGUUUUCAUUUGCCAAAAUCUACCUAUCUACCCUGUCUAGGGUCUACAUAUCCUAGGAUUUUCAAGAAAUGCUGAUCCUCCCACCUACCACCUUAGUCUUGAUACUUGAGUGGUAGAAAUAGCUUGACAGGGUUUGGGUAUUUCAGCUUUCGUGCACAAUGCCCCAAAGUGAGGCCCACAAAAGAUGGUUUACGGAGUCUGGUGUAGAAGAACAUGACUAACCUGCACCCCGAACCUUAACCCCAAUGAAAUGAAAUGGAACCCCGAAUGUGAGCCAGGAUACACCACCCAACAUCAGUUCCUGACCUCACUGAUCUUCUUUUGGGGGAGCAAAUCAACCACAGCCAUGUUCCAAAAUCUAGUGGAAAGCAUUUCCAGAAACGUAGAAGCUGUUAAAGCAAGAAAGAACGGAUCAACUCUCUAUAAAUGCAAAUGGUUUUUAAAUUAAAUGUUCAACAAGCACAUAAGGGUGUGGUUUUCGGGUGUCUGUAUACUUCUAGUGAACCUUUACUAUAUUGAAUUACCUAUUCAGCCCUUUUAUAUUUCAGACAUAAGAGGAUGCUGAGCGAUGUGGACCUCAACAACAAAAUACUGGAGGGGGUUAAUUAUAUUUUGACUUUGAAAACAGUCAAGUCAGUUAGACAAUAUUUUUACUUGCCAUUGGUUUUGCUGCAUCCAGCAGAGAUGCUGUCAUUGGCUUAAUUUCAUCCACAUACCUUUGAGCCUUUUAGUUUGUAUGAUGAUUCACAAUGUACACAAUAUAAACUGAGAUUCAUAGUUUUUUUAAAUAUAUAUAUAUAUUUACCAUUGAUGACAAU